CGCCUACUUUUUGGGCCAGAACUUUUUUGAAUUUGCUAUAUCUUCUCUCUCUCUCUGGUAGGGUUUCAAAUCAAACACCUAAAAUAGAAAUACAAAAUGCAGAAUUACACCACCAACUACUUCACUCUCACUUUCCCAUUCAUCUUCUAAAAAUUCAAAUCUAAAAUUGUACGUACUAAAGAUGGAUUCGAUAAAGAGCCUGUUGGCGGCAAGUGGGGCUGACACGGUGAAGCUAUUUGACCUGUCAUUGGAACCGCGUGAUCCCUGCAUUCUUAGCUACACUCCUUCCCCUGGCUUCCUUGUCAACUCCCUCAAGUGGAACUUUACUAAUUUAGUGGUAGCAAGCGCUGGAGACGACAAGAAAAUAUCUUUGUGGAGGAAAAAUGGACAGAGUUUGGGGACUCUACCCACUGAUGCUGGUGACAAUAUCGAGGAGUCUAUUUCAACAAUUAACUUUAGCAGCAAAGCAUCCAGAUACAUUUGUUCUGGAGGCAGUGGUCAAGUUGUGCGAAUAUGGGAUUUGCAGCGGAAGCGUUGCAUCAAAUGGUUGAAAGGUCAUACUGAUACUAUUAGCGGUGUAAUGUACAAUUGCAAAGAUGAGCACUUAGCUUCUAUCAGUCUUAAUGGGAAUCUCAUACUUCACAACCUUGCUUCUGGUGCGAAGGCUGCUGAACUCAAGGAUCCAAAUGAGCAGGUAUUGAGAGUCCUUGAUUAUUCCAAGAUUAGCAGGCACUUAUUGGUGACAGCUGGUGAUGAUGGAUCGAUCCACCUGUGGGAUACUACUGGUCGCAUUCCCAAGGUUUCUUGGCUAAAGCAGCAUUCUGCACCAACUUCUGGCAUUAGUUUCUCACCAUCAAAUGACAAGAUUGUUGCUAGUGUUGGUAUGGAUAAGAAGUUGUACACUUUUGACUCAGGGUCAAGAAGGCCAUCAUUUUGCAUUCCUUAUGAGGCACCUUUUUCUUCACUGGCAUUUACUGACGAUGGCUUCACUCUAGCAGCUGGAACAAGUAGUGGCCGUGUGGUAUUCUACGACGUUCGUGGAAAACCACAACCUUUGACUGUUUUACGUGCUUAUGGAACUUCUGAGGCUGUGACAAGUCUAUGCUGGCAAAGAGCAAAACCUGUAAUGGUCAAUGAAAACAAUUGCACCACAGAAAUAGCUCUUCUGGGCAGUGCUGUGGAGGAUUCGAUUUUAAUGCCUGACCCACUUCCUGCGACGACAUCAUCAAGCCUAUCAACUUCCAUGACAACAUCAGGUUCCAGAACCACUGUUCGUUCAGGUUCUGUGGACUCAUUUUCUUUUCCAGCAGGCAAUACGGGAUCUACAUCUGGGACACUAGGUUUAUCUCCAUCCGAGGAAACACCCAUACGAAGUAGUUUGUGGAAAGGUGGAUCUUUGACACGAUUACACGCUCCUCGUAACUUCAAGGAUGAUAUGGAAGUCUUUUCUCCUCUUAAUGAAGUCCAGCCAAUUACACCUUCACUUGAUAAGUUUUGGGAUGAUCAGGAAGGUUUUAAAAAGGAUCUUGAUAAGAGAUCAUCUUUACUAUUUCCUUCUCUAAGGUUUCCACUUCCAGUAGAGGGUGGCAAUGACAACCGCCCCAUAUUUGAUUGGAAAUCAAGUUCCUUGCCCAAACAGGAGGAUACUUCUUCGGUACAGUUGUCUUCUACUCCUACAUCUUUCCGUAGUGAUGAUUCUUCCUCCAUAACUCCUCCAGAAGCUUGGGGUGGUGAGAGAUUAUCUGAUAGAUUAUCUCACCUUCGGCAUUCAGGAAACAUGCCUUCUCGUUUUGCAACAUCGACAUCUGGUCCUCUUGCACCAGGAACAAUGUUCUCUGGAUUACAGGAUACUUUUCCAGCAACUCAGAGUAUCAGCUCUUUGAGCAAUUCUAGUCUGAGUUUGGCAAAUUUGCGCAUUAAAGAAAAUUCAAAUGAAGAAACUUCUCUAGGAUCGCCAGAAAAUAUCCCCUCUAGUUCCACAUCUUUUUCAGUUGGAACAAAAGGCAUUACAGGGCAGGGUACUGUUGAUUCUCUUGGUUCAACUAUGACCCUUCCAAGGAGAUUUUCCAGUUAUGCUGAGAGAAUAAGCACCAAGCCGUCCUUCAGUGAUGGAACCCUUUCUGUUGGUUCUCCAAAAACUAAGAAAACUGGAGCUGAAACAAGGGGGGAGCUUCUGAAUAGCUUGUUGUCUAGGUCUGACACGUCAUCUGCUACAGCAGCUGGUGCUUUCCAAGCAAUGAAUGGUGAAGUCAGACAAUCACAAACAUCCACACUGCCUGAAUUGCAGCAGGGAAGUUCCUUCCAACUCCAGCUGUUUGAACGUAAGCAGGAAGAAACGUUAUCUUUCAUUCAAAGAACUGUUCAUGAGCAAAUGAGGAAUCUUCAUUUAGAAUUGAUAAGUCAAAAUCAUAUGCUGCAGAUGGAAAUGUCUAGUCGUUAUAACUUGAUCUUGGACAACCAGAAGGUUCUCUUUGAUCGCCAGACUUUGAUAUUGGAAAACCUAGCGGAGCUGAUGAAGAGGUUCAAUUAGUUUGAAGAGAAACACGGAAGCUUCGUAGCUAGAGGUCCUGCUCUAAAAUAAGUAGGUCAUUUUCAUUAUGUAUUCCUUAGUUUUAGCCAUGUACUGCAAUGUUGUUGUGAGAGACUUGUAUUGACAGGCGUGUAGUAACUAGAGAGUGGAAAGAAGUGUUAUUGUGUGUAUCUAAAUGUGGGGAGAAUUUUUGGGUUUAUUUUGUCCUAAUAUAGUAAAAGGGAAAGAGAGAGCGAAGGCUUAUCAAUAUUUGAGAAUUAGAGCGUUGUAUGGUUAUGUACAGAAGUUGGAUACGCCAAUUUAAUUUAAUGUACAGAUCAUCUGAUUCACUUUGAUUAGCA